AUGGGUGAUGUGGCUUGUACAGGAGGAGAGACUGAGCUUUCCCAGUGUCCUCACAGGGGAUUCGUGAGCAACAAGUGCAGCCAUAAUGAUGAUGCUGGAGUGGUCUGUGAAGCCCUUUCCCCGGUGCGGCUUGUAAACUCUGCUGACCGCUGCUCUGGCAGAGUGGAGCUGUUCCAUAACGGCGAAUGGGGAACUGUAUGUGAUGAUGAAUGGGACAUGGAUAAUGCCGACGUGCUGUGCAGGCAGCUGGGCUGUGGAAGGGCAAGAGCUACACCUCACAAUGCAGCUUUUGGAGAAGGCACAGGACCCAUCUGGCUGGACGAUGUAAACUGUUUUGGAUCUGAGCCGUCAAUAACAGACUGUCGCCACAAUGGAUUUGGAAAUCAUAACUGUGGUCACCAUGAAGACGCAAGUGUUGUCUGUGAACUGCGUGACCAAGAAGUUGAAGUCAAUCAGUUUAUCUGUGGACAAGAUAAAAUCCAAGUUGGUCUGAAUAUGCUGACAGUGUCCUUCUCCGGUCUGGACCCACUGUCGGGUCACCUUGUGGACCGCGACUGCAUCAAAUCCAGAGUUGAGGAUAACAUUGUAUGGUACGAGGUCGAGCCGAGGGAAGGAAUCUGUGGAAACAGCAUGAGGACCAACAGCACACACUUCACCUACACAAACAGCUUAUUCCUUUAUGCUCACAACACUAACUCCUUCAGUGUCCCUGCAAGUCUUCCCUUCUCCUGUGUGUAUUCCCUGGACUUAGACACCGGACUAAAUGCUGAUAUCAGACCCCUGGUGCCUACCGGGGGCAUCAUUUCAUCAGGUGGACCUCCCAGAGGAGUAAUGUCCCUGUACCGGGACCAAAGCUACACUAGCACCUAUCCGUCUGGCAGUGUGAGUCUGCCGGUGGGCCAGCCACUGUACGUCGGAGUCACUGUAGAAGAGAAGGAUGUCACUUUCGCAGCUGUUCUGGAUCACUGCUAUGCAACUUACAGCUCCGACCCAAACGACCAAAAAAGACAAUAUCUCAUCCAAAACAAGUGUUCCACUGACUUACAGCAAGUGUCAGUGGUUGAGAGUGGGACGUCUCUUCGGGCUCGUUUUACUGCCCUCCUCUUUGUCCCCCACGGUGAAUACAGGACGUUUUACCUCCACUGCCACCUGCACCUGUGCAGCCCAGGCCCCUGUGUUCCAGUUUGCUCAAGACGGGCUCCUCGUUCAGUUUCUGAAGAUGUAAGAAUACAGCCACUCACCAUUGGACCCAUCACAUGUGAGUAA